CGUAUUGGCUCGCAGAGCGACUUUUCUUGUUUGAGCCAAUGAGCGCUUCGUUUUGACAAAACUUCUCGCUGUCGUCUAUGCGGGUUCCUUGAAUUACAACAUAGCCUCGAGAUCUUGGCACCUCUGUUAGAUAAAGUCAGCGCUCACAGUCGAAAGAUACCAGAAGGCGGCGAAAGUUUGAAUCUUGGAGUUGAGUUCAAUCCGUACAUCGUGAGAGCAACACGUAGAAAUGAUGACAAACAUAUUGAAUUUGUUGUUUAUUUUAAUGUUCGUCUCUGUACCUCUUCAUGGAGUCCGACCACCCCUGCGAUACUGGUACUUCGAGGAUUAUUUGACGCACCUAGAUCUCGAGAAGCAAGGCUGGAUAAAUGGUGAAAGUGUUAAGUCUGAGGUCGGCGCCAAGACAGACAUGAAAAUUUCUAACCUAACAACAGCAGCGACAUCUAUUGUACAGACUAACAGGUCAAUUAUAGAUGCCAGAGUCACUGCAGAUCCUCUGAAUCUGCUAGUAGCAAUAACAUCUAGUAAUCACAGUAAUCAGUCAGAUGUAGAUCAUGAGAUCACCAUGACUUCCGAUCUGACAACUAGUGAUUACAGUAAUCAGUCGAAUGUCGAUUCUGAGAUCACCAAGACUUCCGAUCUGACAACUAGUGAUUACAGUAAUCAGUCGAAUGUCGAUUCCGAGAUCACCAGGACUUCCAAUCUGACAACUAGUGGUUAUAGUAAUCAGUCGGAUGCCGAUUUUGAGAUUACCACAACAUAUAGUAAGCACAAUAUCCAGUCGGAAAUCGUUGAUGAGAUUGCUACAGACGUUCCCAACACUACCACAAGGGGGUCUUCAAAUACGGAUCUUCUGUCGCUAACAGGUGGGGUUGGUACAAAGAAGGAUAAGGAAGUGACUUGUUGCAUGCUGGGACAGUUAGCGGGAGACAAAGGUUUUCACUGUUUCGUCAAGUUUUACGUUGCUCGCAUUCUAAUGCGAAAUUAUAAUCGUGCUCACAACCGUAAGAUGGCGUUUCACGGAGCUGAGAAAGUGCCAAAUUAUGGUGUGAAAACCAUGCGUACUUUUGAACAGUGCGUCGCAGGACAUGGUGCAAUCUUUCAUAAGUGCUGUCAUUUAGCGGCAGCCGAAAGGCGUAGGUACCGUUACGACUCGGAACAUGGGUCUGGCGCUCACCUGCAUCAUUCCUCCGAGAGACACUUUGACAGAAAGACUGAAAACGCCGUAUAAAAUGACCUGCACAAUAACUUUUUUUUUAAGGAUAGUUUGUAGAUAACUCCAUUGUAGUGGAAUAUACUCGAAGUGCUUGAAGCAAAAGAUCAGUAUUCAUAUACAAUUUAAACUUAUUUUUAGGUAUUUUGAGAUAAAGUACCAACUUUUUUUAUAACUUUCCUCUAAGCCUAUUGUUUUGUAUAUGUAUCUGUGAAAUAUUUACUUUAUCUCUUCAUUUUGAGUUUGCUCUAUUUAAAUACUCGAGGUUUGUGUUUGUUUAUGAAAUGCAUAUAUUUGUGAACAUAGUUCUCUGAUAACACAGCAUGAAAUGUUGAAACCGGAAUUAAAAUGGCUAGUUUUAGUAACUUAGAUUUCUUUCUAUAAAGAACGACAUUUUGUUAGAUCUGACAUAUGAUGAUAUCGAAUCCAUGUUUUUUUCUAAGGCACUCCAGAUCGUAUUGACAAUGUUGGUUGUUUCAGAAGAAGAGUUAAGAGUGGGUGUUGUAUACAUGUGUUAAAAGCAACAUCGCAUAACGUGUGUUAAGUCUUUCUUAGCUACAGAUUAUGCAGAGUGCUUCAUGAUAAAUUAUUUCCAAGCUAGUAACAACAUGCCAUUGUUUACUGUAGUUGUGUAUAUUUCUAAGAUAGUAGAAAUAUAUAUAUAUAUAUAUAUAUAUCUAUUUUAAAUUACUGCGUUGGACAUUCUUAUUAUUGUGAAAAAAUUUAAACUUUU